AUGUCUUUAUUGCAUGCUCUCCGUCACGAAGUCAAGCCUGCUGCAUCGGCGGCUGCGACAGCUAUUCCCCACAGCGUAAUCGACUCGAACCCCACAACCCCAGCCGAACAAGUGCCAGAUGUACAGGACGGCCCUGCAGAUGACAACUUGACGCCUAGGGAGGGGCAAGCUGUCUUUGAACAGACGUUUCCUAGUCGAACGACACAAUCGCGGCGUGUCGUUAUCACUACACUACUUAUUCUGGCCAAUCUUGUGCAGAUGACGGUGAAUUUCGCGGGAAUUGCUGGAGGCAGCGCCUUGAGUGAAGCAUUAGGUGCUAAAGAUACAUACGCCUCGUGGAUCGCCGCUAGCUAUGCUCUCACACAAGGUACCUUCGUUCUGGUCAGCGGUCGACUAGGCGACGUCUACGGUCAUCGAGAGCUGCUCCUCGCCGGCGGUGCCUGGCUCACGGUCUGCACUCUAGCCAGCGCCUUCUGCAAUAAUUUCUUUGCUUUUGUCACAAUGCGCGCCCUGGCGGGUCUCGGAGGAGCAUUCAUCAUGCCUAAUGCUGUGGCGAUGAUCUCAAGCACCAAUCCCCCCGGUCGGGUGCGGAAUCUUAGUCUUGGUCUGUUUGGUGCGUCGGCGCCUAUGGGUGGGUAUUUCGGUGCGUUGUUCUUGGGGGCUUUCCUGCAGCACACGGAGUGGAAGUGGUUCUUUAUCUUCAUUGCCUGCCUCGGUGUUCUCACGUUUGCUCCUCUGUGGGCCUUGAGUUCGCGUGAACCACCGGUCGAUCGUCAUGGAAAGAUUGACUGCAUUGGAUCUGCCCUCGGCACCAGUUCCCUGAUCCUCUUCAAUUUUGUCUGGAAUCAAGCACCGAGUGUGGGUUGGUCAAAGUCCUAUGAGAUUGUUCUCUUGAUCAGCUCAAUCAUACUAUUCGCCGGCUUCCUGCUCUGGGAAAGGAACUAUGCGGUGGAGCCAAUCAUGCCCCUCGACAUCUUCAAGGCACCUUCAUUCCUCAUGUUACUCCUCGUGGUGCUGCUCAAUUACAUGGCGGUCGGAACUUUAAUCUGGUAUCAGGUCCUAUGGCUGCAAAAGGUUUGGCACUGGUCUCCGCUCCAAUUUGCCGUUGGCUGGACCCCAUUCGUGAUCUGCGCGACGGGAGCCGCCUGUCUCGCAGCUUGGAUGAUCCCCCGACUGGCAGCACAAUGGAUCCUAGCCAUUGGGACCGUGACAAUUCUGAUCUCGAAUGUGCUCAUGGCGACAGUGCCGCUUCAUCAAAGUUAUUGGGCACAGAUAUUUCCUUCCGUUGUCCUCUUCUCAUUCUGUCCAGACUUCGUGUACACAGCUGGGCAGAUCAUUGCCAGCAACUCAGUCCGUAGAAACCAGCAGGGAAUUGCCGGGUCCGUCAUCGGAACGCUUAACCUAUACGGGAACAGUCUGGGGUUGGGAUUUGCUUCUACCAUUGAAGUGCAGAUUGCCCGUCGGUCCGGUCAGAUCAUCGGAUAUAGAGCGGCAUUGUGGUUCGGCGUCGCCAUUAGUGCCCUAGCACUUAUUCUUGACGUUUGUUUUGUUCGACUAGUCAAGGAUGAUCGGGAGGGGUGGCAGGAAGAUGACAUCGUGAGUGAAUUCGAACUCACGGAACAGGCCGCAGCUACUGGUGUGCGUCUACCCAAUGCCCAUUGA